UUCGGGGAAUUUUCGGCUCAUCCAACUCCCCUCGUCUCAGUUCCUUCCUCAACCACUACUCUCUCUCUCUCUCUCUCUCUCUCUCUCUCUCUUUACCAACCAAAAAGACUCCAUCCCAACUCCCGCGUUUGGGCCAUCUCUCCUCUUUCCUUCUCCUCCUCCUCCUCCUCCUCCUCCUCCUCGAAAGUCGCGUAGAGUGAAAGAGAUGAUGGCCGGUGCGAGCGCGUCGUCGCUGUGCCCCACCUGCUUCGCCCCCCUUCCCCGCCCCCGCAGACCCCGCGGCCUCUCCCUCUCUCCCCCAACCCUUUUCAGGAGGAAAUUCCAAGCCACAGUAAAGGCAUCCGCACGUGUUGAUAAGUUCUCAAAGAGUGACAUUAUUGUUUCUCCUUCUAUUCUCUCUGCGAAUUUUGCUAAGCUCGGGGAGCAGGUAAAAGCGGUCGAAGUAGCAGGAUGUGAUUGGAUUCAUGUUGACGUCAUGGAUGGACGUUUUGUCCCAAAUAUUACCAUUGGGCCUCUUGUGGUUAAUGCCCUACGCCCAGUGACUGAUCUACCAUUGGAUGUGCAUUUGAUGAUUGUGGAACCUGAGCAGCGAGUUCCAGAUUUUAUCAAGGCUGGAGCUGACAUUGUUAGCGUUCAUUGUGAACAAUCAUCGACUAUCCAUCUGCAUCGGACACUCAAUCAAAUCAAAGAUCUGGGAGCAAAGGCUGGAGUUGUUUUAAAUCCUGCAACACCACUAAGUACCAUAGAAUAUGUGCUUGAUGUGGUGGACUUGGUUUUGAUCAUGUCUGUAAACCCUGGUUUUGGUGGACAAAGCUUUAUUGAGAGUCAGGUCAAGAAAACUGCAGAAUUGAGAAGGUUAUGUGCCGAGAAGGGAGUUAACCCAUGGAUUGAGAUAGAUGGUGGUGUAGGCCCUUCAAAUGCAUAUAAGGUAAUUGAAGCUGGGGCAAAUGCUAUAGUUGCUGGGUCUGCCGUCUUUGGAGCUAAAGACUAUGCAGAAGCAAUAAAAGGAAUCAAAACUAGCAAAAGACCUGUGGCGGUUCCAGUGUAAGAGAGCUCUCUCAAAAAGUUUCCGGGGAAUGUUAUUACUUCUUAAUUAUCUCAACCAAUGUAACAUCAAUUGGAGUUGCGAAGGGAACCAUCGAACAAAACCCAACUUUUGUCUCAAUUGUGUUUAAGAUGUGAGAAUGGUAUUUAUUUGUUCAACAGUAUCAUAUAUAGGAGUUUCUAUACAAAUAAAGCUCUCUUAAUGGGGCCAUCAUUCUGCUUCUCUACCUCCAUAAUAUCUCAUUAUUGUACCCUUGUCUAGAUCAUUUUGAAAAAAAAUGUACAAAUUAAAGUCAUCUUCUGUUCGCAC